AUUGUGAAUGUCUGUUUCAGAAGAAGAAUAAGUUUUUAUUUACAUCGCUCUUGAUUCGAAUUUGUAUAGUUAUUUGCUAAAAAAUAUUUAAAUAAAACAAAUUUGAUUCCUUUUAUAUACAAUGGGCAGCGUUGAGAAGAAUAAUAUUCUCGACAAUGAGGCACUUAACGACAUAACUAAAGAAUUCAAGGAAAUUACUGAGGAUCCAACACAAUUUCUACUUGUUGUGCCUACCAAAAAGCAGGAAGAUAUAAAAACAUUAUUACAGAAAACUUAUCAAGCUUGUGUACGGAACGAUGAAAUUAGUAAGAAUGCGCUCGAAAUACUGCCGGAGUUGGUUGUGGAGGACAUGGACGAAGAACAAAUUUGGCAACAGUUGGAACUGCGCAACAAUAGCAUACUCUCUGCGCUGGUAGAAAAUGCGUCCAAGUUAUUGUCGCUUAAGGAAGAGAAAUUGGAAGUGCGUCUAGAUGAGGAUGAUAAUCAAGAAAUGGAAGAGGAAAUCGAGGAAAGGGAAAAUGAAGUAGAAGAUAAUUCCGGAGACGCAGAUUUAUUUAAUGGUCAGCGUGAUGACGAAAGCGUUGAAAAACAAGAAGUCUACCAAAAAAAGAAAGAAAACAAAAAGAAACGUAAGGGGCGCACAUCAGUGGUAGAUGAUAAAUUCUUUAAGUUGAGUGAAAUGGAGGCAUUUUUGGAAGAUGAAGAUGCCAAAGAGAUGCGACGACAAAAUAAAAAAGGCGGUAGUGCGUUGGAUGCAACAGUCGACUAUUUUGCGGAUGAUUUGGGUAUAGAAGAUGCAGAGGAGGAUGAUGAAGAUGGUAAUCCUGCUUACAAUGAGUUUUUCGAUGAAGAUGAUGAUGUAGAUGCAGAUGAAAGUAUGGAAAAAGAAACGAAGAAACAAAAAGAUCACUUCAAAGAAACGCAUAGUGAUGAUGAUGAAGAAAUGAGUGUAGAUGAAAAUGAAGACGACGAUAAAGAAAAUGAAGACGAUGAGGAAGAAAAUGAAGCAGAGGAUGAUGAGGAUGAAGAUAUGCAAAGUGAGGAUGAAAAUGAAGUCAAAACAAGCAACGAAGGUUUACAACCAGCAUCAUCAGGCUCUGAUGAUUCGGAAGAUGAAGAGGAACGUAAAGCAGACCAACCACAAUCUUCAUACGAAAUACGACAAUCGCGUUUGGAGCAACGCAUACGUGAGUAUGAAGAAGAAGUGCUCGGCGAAAAACCAUGGCAAUUGAGAGGCGAAGUGCAGGCCACCAGCAGACCAGCGAACUCGCUCCUCGAGGAAUUGCUAGAAUUCGAAUCAACCGUCAGACCAGCACCCAUCAUAACUGAGCACACAACACGUUGUUUGGAGGAUAUAAUCAAGCAACGCAUCAAAGAUCAAGCCUGGGAUGAUCCGCAAACAAAAAUGAGGCCAGUGCAAUCACCACACGAGUUCCGCAAGCAAUUAAUAUUGGAUCAAGAAAAGUCCAAAGAAUCACUGGCGCAAGUCUACGAAAAGGAAUAUCAAAAAGAAUUAGAUAAAUUUGAUCCAAAUCGUGCCGACGCCGCAGAGGAAGAAUCCAAAGAGCAUAUAGAAAUAAAACAACUGAUGCGCGCACUCUUCGUUAAAUUGGAUGCGCUUUCGAACUUCCACUUCACACCGAAACCCGUAGCACCAGAGGCUAGAAUCAUAACCAACACACCGGCGGUGAAUAUGGAGGAAGUGGCGCCGGUAGCCGUGAGCGAUGCUAAAUUGCUUGCGCCCGAAGAGGUCUAUCGCGGUCCAAAGAAUGAAUUGCUCGGCAAGACGGAACGCAAUCGUACGGAUAAGAAUCGCGAACGACGCAAGAAGAAGCAGAAGCAACGUGUCAUCAAUCGUCUGCUGGACGAGAAGAGCAAGAAGAAGCAGGAGUUGGGCAUAGCGCCAACCAAGAAGGAGGAGAACGCCAAACUGCUCAAGUCGCUAACAAAGCAUCGCAAUGUGGAGAAGUUAAACACCACCAGCGACGAUCAACGCGCAUUGAAAUCUUCCAAGUCGUUCUUCUCCAAAUUGCAAGACACCACCAGCGUGGCGGGCCAAGCCGCCAUUGCGGCGAAAGCCAAAAAGCAAAAAUCCACUGGGAAAGCGCUGACAGCGAAAAGAGUGAAAUUGUAAUAACUGUUCUUGUGGACUUGCUGUUAGUAAUAAAAAAGUUUAUUUUAUUAUAUUA